AUGUCCAAUUCAGAUCCCAAUGAUGUGUUUCCUCCGGGAACAAUCAAGCUUGAAGAACGGCAAGGCGUUGAGUCGGAAUUCAAGCUGAGUCCCACUCCCUCUGAUGAUCCCGACGACCCUUUGAACUGGUCCCCUUUAAGGAAGGCCGUUAACUUUGGGCUCACCUGCUCGUAUGUCCUCUUCACCCUUGUGCUGGUGGACAUCAAUAGCUUGGCCUAUCGGGGCUACAUGUCAGAGCUGGGUUUGACCUACGCGACCUUCAACCAGGCGAGUGGGUCGAACUUCGCCGGACUCGCGAUCGGAUGGCUCUUAUUUAUCCCGUGCGUUCCAAAGUUUUGGCCGUCGCCCUAUUUACUUGCUCAGUGCGAUUGUGCAGUUGGCAUGUGCUAUCUGGUGGGCAAACUUUCACAAGGCUGGAGAACUCAUUGGUGUCAGUCUGCUGGCUCUGUCAGCGAGGCCGUGGUGAUGAUCACCAUUGUGGACCUCUUCUUUGUCCAUCAACAUGCGCGUAUGAAUGGCAUCUUUCUGUUUAUGCAGAGCCUAGGGUCCACGGGGGGCCCGAUCGCGGCUGGCUAUAUCGUCGUCUCAAUGGGCUGGCGAUGGAUGUGGUGGAUGAUCGCCAUCUUCCCCGGCGUCAACUUGAUCCUGGUCCUGUUCUUCUUUGUGGAGCCAAAAUACAUCCCCCUUGUAAAGGUUGCGACACCAUCGACUCUCCGAGUAGCUACUCGUUCGACGGUCGAUGCCCGUCACAGUCGCAAGACCGUUCGGCAACGCCUGGCAUUCGUCACCAAGACGGAUAUGCCAAUCGUCCAGCACUUCUAUCAGCCGCUGCUGAUUCUCUUCUCAUUCCCUGCUGUAGCCUACACGGCCAUCACAUACGGCACGAUUCUCGCCUGGUUUUCGGCCAAUACUUCAUCCAGCUCUUACUUCGUCUUAGAUGAUCCCUAUGAGUUCAGCGCCUCCGCAAUUGGCCUACUCCACCUUGGGGGGUUUCUGGGCACAUUCAUCGCGACUCUGACCGUCCCAGCCCAGAAUGACUCGUUUAUUGUGCGAGCGGCUAAGAAGAACGGAAGAGUCUUCGAGCCAGAUAUGCGUCUCUGGAUGAGCAUUCCGGGCGCUCUUCUAAACUGCGCCGGUUUGUUCAUUUAUGGUCAAGGGAUAUAUGGAUUCGGAUUUAUUACCACAGCCGAUGUGGCCCUGACCUAUCUUCCUGACUGCUACCCCGACAUUCUUGGUGAUGCGCUGAAUUCCAUUGUGUUCGUCCGCAAUGGGUUCGCAAUGGUGGUUCGCUUUGCAUUCACCCCUUGGGUCACUGGCAUGGGAAUCCAGAAUUCCUUUAUUCUGAUCAGCAUGCUGGCUCUUCUCCCCGUGACCCUGCCCAUUCUCUUGAUGAUUUAUGGUAAGAGGGCACGUUCAAGCACGGCUGAUAAGUACUGGAAAUAUGCCGCACGACAGCCAGUUCACAGGAAGGCGUGA